UAUGUAUUGACAUACAUCGCAGCGCAUUCCACUGUGAGCGAGAUGUGACCGCUGUGCAGACUUUAUGUCUUCGAGCCGUUUCCAGCUGCGAUUUUAAAGGAAUAAAAUGUCCAACUUGAAGGAGUCCAGCACUUGUCCGGACGGCUACAGGGCUCUGAGCACCGGCGAGCUGCGGGAGCUUUUACAAAACGACGACAAAAUGGACCAAAUCAUUCGCCUCAAUGAGAAGUUCCAGGACCUUCAAGUGGACAGGGAGAUGCUGCUGACCACCAACCGGAGCGUGGCCGAGGAGAGCCUCGCCCGGCAACCCCGCCUUAAUAAUGGCAAACUCCAGCUGGCGGAGAAAUACCGGGAACUGUCCAACCUGGCAACCACAUGCUGGGAAAAACAGAGUCAGCUUGAGGCUCAUGUCCAGAAGCACAGCCUGCAGACAGCGCAGAACCUCCUGCAGGAAGAAGUGGCACGUGCUGAGGAGCAUUCAGAGGAGCUGCUGGAGAAGUUCAUGGAGGGAAACGUAAGCCUGGAUGAGUUCUUGGACUCCUUCCAAAGCUCCAGGAAGACGUAUCACAUCCGCAGGGCUCAAGCGGAGAAAAUGCAAGAGCUCGCUCAAGCAAAGAAGCAGCCGGGCAAAACCAAGAGGUCGGAGGACAGCAAAGUCCUGGAGGUGAAGAAGGACUCAGAGCUGCCACAGGAGCCUCAGCGGCCCAACGGAUUUAUGGCGCAGGGACCUCUCAGAGUGUUCCAGGUCCGCUACGGCCUCACGCCGGCCAUCCUCCUCCCUCAUUACCCUGUGUCCCCCCCUGCCUCGGCUCCAGGUCAUCAGAGUAGUACCCCCACUCCGGAGCCCCACCUGGGACAGACCCACAUCCUGAGCCCCAGCACCCCGCUGCCGGGACACGGCCAGCCGGUCGGCCUCAGGGUCAUCGGACAGCUAUCAGGCGGCUGGCCGGCUAACGGGCGGCCGGUGCGAGUGCAGCAGCUUUACAGGCCGAACCCUCAACAGCCCGAACCGCCAUACCGAUAAACCCCAAGAGCGGGGAGGAGGAUAAAUAGCCGGCUUGAGAGGUCUUCCGAGACGUGGAACCAAACAGUGGCUGUCACAAUCAUGUAAGCAAAGACUGAUCCAGAGACAGGCAGCACUGCAGACGCACGUUUCCGUUCUCCAUCCAUGACACACAAAUGUAGCCAUCAAAGGGAGCAGAGGUAGUGAGGCAGCAGACCACGAGGCAGGGAGGACUAGGGAUGGGCGGCGAUAGCGACUACCAGGCCCGGUAAACCAGUCUAUCUGAUUUCUCCUUAUUCUUUCUCAUUAGUGGAAAACACCCAGGCAGCAGCUUCUUAUAUCUGCUGAAAAUGACAGACCUCACCUGCUGCAGCUUAUCUCAGCUGCAGCUAAUAAGAGUUUAUUUGUUAGCGGCUAAAAUAUAUAUCGUUAAUAGAUGGCCAGAAAAACAUUACCAAAGACAAAAAAAUCAGACCUGAAAAGAUGAGAGUAGUGGAAUUAGAGGCCCUGAAACUAUUGGAAAUAUUAAUAGUAAACAAACAACUGUAAUAGAAAUAAAGACUACAUUUAAUACGAUACCAGAUGCUAAAAACGUCUCUCUAAAGCUGAGCUACCUUACCUGAAAUUCAAGGUCAUAUGACAUUUACAGAAAUGUCCAAGCCCUUCUCAGACAUGUAACACUGGUGGCUUCUACACAUUAAUAAUAUAUUAGUAUUCCUCACAGCUUUAUUCAGAUGCAUUAGCUGUGUUUCCAUACUGUAUCUUUAAGUGUAUUUUAAAGUGUUAUAACAGAAAAUAUACAUAAACUGAAAAAUUCUAAAAAAUUGUUCCAAUUUCACAAGAAAGUCUUUGCACUCGCUUGAGGUAGCUUUUGUCUUAUUUUUAAAAGAAUAGUUGAUGCAAAAUGGGAGACGGAAAUUAUCAUUUAACUCAUAUGACUGAUCAACUGCUUCUGCUUCUUUCUUUGUCUCUGGACAUCAUGAAUUCUGGCCAAUAACGGCUCACGUGAAAGAAUAAUUUACAACUUUCCCAAAAUUAACAAUCUCUGAAGACUUCUCUCCAUUUUUCUCAUUUUUGCCUUCAUGUUAUUUGAGCUGUUUUUGCAUACAGUUGGUUCUGUUUCAACUUCUGGUUGUAUUAAUUUUGGCAACAUUUCAAAAAUUCUCUUCAAAUUCGUCAGACAGCCAUGGAAACACAGUUUUUGCAUGAGAUAUUGCAGUAAAUCAGAGUUCAGGCAGCAGCAGCUAAUGCACAAAACCAUCCAACUAACUGUGGAUGGAUAGAAAUCAAUAUUGGUAAACGGGUUACAACUCAACAAGAGCUCUAUGAUGUUAAUAUUAAUGUUUGCAAUAAUGCUGCUACGAAAAUUGAAAAACUUCUGUGAAUGCAACUGAAUGCAGUUUAGACCGUCGGCGCGUUGAAAACGAUCUAGUAAGAUUGCUGUCUUGACUUUUACAGAAAAGUGAGCAGGAAGCUGACAUGUUUAGAUGCCGUCACAUUCAUGUAAAGGAGUGCAUGUCUGAGAGGGACUGUAUCCUGCAAAGGUGAUGUUACACUGUCAGGUGUUGUAACAAAAGGUGACAAAAAAUCUGCAAAAAGCACCCGAGGCAGUUGUUAUGAGAGAAUUUCCCCACAACUACUGAAAUGUACACAGUUGUGCUGAAAUAUACCAAUAAAACCCUCCAAAAAAAUCUAAAUAAAUUGGCAUUUACUAUGAUUACACUGUAUAAAUUAAUGUUUUUCCUCAGCUAAUUUUGACAUCAUGUUUAAAAUUCAUGUUCAUUCAAAUCCAGGUCAAAUAUGUGUCUUUUCCUCUGUGGAAAAAAAUCCCAACAAUAUGUGUCAGACCACUUGUGAAUUACGUAUGUUCACAAGAAAGUCUGUGCCACUUAAGAAUAAAUCUGAGGUUUUUGCACGAGUCCCAUUGUUUGUUAGCGCAUCACUCUGCAACACAACUGUUCAGACGCUGUGGAUUGUGUUUUCAUACUUCGCAGUUUCUCUGCAGAAGUGAUGAGUUGAUUAACAAGCGCCUCGUUAAAAUACCUUGAAUACUUCCAGUGAGUAGCUGGUGAAGUACAGUAGCCCGUUAAUUCUAUGUGUCAGAUACAUUUAAUUAACAUUUCAUAUGUUAUGCAGCUCAUCUCAUUUCCAUUAAUUAGGCUGUCGAUAAAACCUGAAGUGUUUCUGCUUUCUCAGCCAACAAAAGCUGAUUAAACAUCUCAGAGUUGUUAUUUUAGCCUUUAGUUUCUGGAGAUAAGAUUCGACUCAGUGCUGGAUUUUUGACAAAACGCUAUCGAACCCCAUCCCUAGUGAGAAGCCUUUAUUGUUAUUCCUAAUUAUUUUUUGUAUUUCACACUGAUGGAUGUGAAGCACAGGGUUGUGAAGCACAUCUACGCCGCCAGAGAGGGAGAAAAAAAAGGAUCUCAUUGUUCAUUCAUUCAGCUGAGGACAGAGGGAGGCUUUGUGAGAUUCGAAGAGUCAUCAAAAUGAAUGAUGACAUCAAUAAAGUGGCGUUUAAUAUAAACUCUUAUUGUUUCUCAUCUGAUCAAACAAAGCAGUGACAUUCAUACUUGGAGAUCAUGAAUGCUGAUACGAGAUCACUGCCGAGCAAAUAUAAAACAAAGAGCAGCGCAGGUGGUAUUUAUUAAUAAUUCCCAGACUAUAACCUGUCAAUAGUAUUUGCAGUGUCGUGUGUGUUUGAAUCACGGUCGAUUACCCAAAGCCUUCUGCCUUCUUGUGCGAUUUCAUUAACAGUGUUGCAGCUCACACCAGUGAGCGAUUUAUUUAUUCAUGUAAAUCCUAUUUUAAAUGGCUGACUUCAAAGCGUCUUGUUUACCGUGCUAAAUGAAGAGCUGCUUCUCCUUUCAAGGCAGCCAGUGUUUUUAUUUCUCUCUCCAAGUGAGCUGCAGAGUGAGGGGAAUUUAAUCUCUAUGAGAAUGCCAGCGCUCUGCAAGCCCACAGUCCAAUCGCGAGGAGCUUUAGGAGGUUUCCUUCUUCAUUUCACUCUCCUUUUUCCUCAUCAUCCAUCCUGCAGCCUUUAAAGGGAAACGCUUCGGAUUGUAGUUGCAACGAUUCUGUUCUUGAACGUACAUUUCGCUCAUUAAUAACUCAUAAGUGCAUGCUUACUACAGCUUGACAAAGUACAUGAAAAUGCCUUUUACAGGCCAGUGCCCAGUUGCAUAAAACAUCUUCUGCUGUAAGGAAAUCGUUGUUUUAAUUUCGCUUGGAAAACAUCUUUAAAUAAGUAAAGAUGUGUUUCAAGGCUCUGAGGAUUUCUUUGAAGGGGAAAUCCCAUGUUUUUUUUUGUUGUUGUUUUUUUAACUGGAGUUACACUUUAGUAGUUUCAGCCAUCGUUUGUGUCUAAUAACACCCACAAAAUCAGCUGCAGAGAUCUUUCAAUAUAUUUCCAUCACUAAAAACACUGGUGCAAUUCAAAAAUUCUGGGUGAAAAUAAUACAGAUUUCCUCUGUCAUUUGUUACUCUGCAGACAACUUUUCUUUGGUCUUUUCUCUGAAAGGUUAAUCUUUGCAUCCCAACAAGUAAAACAAGGCCUUGUUAACUGAAGUAGAAAGCAACAAAAGGUCACCUACAGAUCGUGCAUUACCUGGAAUUUAAAUUGACUGACCAAUUCUGUACCUUCUGUCAAAGACAUGUGGCUUCUGUUACAAACUAAUGGGCUAUAUACAUUAUUUUUUAAAUUAUUAGUCUCUUUUUCUGGGUGUCUAAUUGUCUGUUUUGCUUUUCAGGAUCUUAUUUAUUAAGAGGAAGACAAUUAAAUAAAUGAAAAAUGAGUAGUCUGGCAGGUUGUAGAGAAGGUUAACCAGAUUUAUUUGAAACAGAAAAUGAUUGUUGCUCAAAAUCUCCUUUGUUUUCACACUCAGUGUUGUUUUGACCGAUUAAAAUGAUGGCUAAAACUCUGACAAAAAAGACCUGGUUGUCAUUUUUAAAGUUUGUCUUCAGGUGUGCAAACAUCCUGAACAAUGAAAAUGGAGAAAUACACUGAUGAUAUUUUUUAAUUGGUUAAAAAGAUGGAAAUAUACUACAAAAGGGUUCAAAAAUGGAGGAUUAUAUUUUGUUUGUUGCCUGCCUGAGUCAAACUUCAACAUCAUCUUCUUCGGCUGGAUAGUUAUCUUAUUCUUUCUGCUUGUAAUUUCAUUUAAUGUCAUGCCUUUUAAUCACAGGGUUUUGGUUUGUCCUUACUGCCUCUUUUAGUGUGCACAUUAUUAACACACACCAGCAAAAUGUCAAAAUCACUUUAUAUUUUAUAUAUAUAUAUAUUUCUUGUAACUUCCUUUAAAGGAACAGGAAUACAUUUUGGGAAAUAUCCUUGUUUUAUUUGCUUUAUUUUAGUAAAAAAUAUUGAUAAAGUCUGAAGUCUGUCUGUAUUAAUAUGAAAUCAGAACCAGGAGCCAGUUUCAUAAGGAUGUUUUAGACUUGUGUAUGAUGUUCUCAUAGAUUUGUCUACUAUAAAUUUAAUUUACAAUAACAGCCUGUUAAGUUAAUCAGACCUUCAGGAUAAGUUACGACUGGGAUGUUUCCAAACUUCCAUUUAUUAUCUUUAGCACCAAGUCCUUGGAGUCAUUAAGCCUUUUCUGUUCUAUUUUAAUCAGCAUCUUGCAAAAGGCACAUUUCUUGCGUCUUUUUGAAUGUUUUUCGUGCUCUUGUUCAUGGUAGAAUCCACACUAUUUACUGCCGUUACUCUUAAAUGCUGAAUUUUCCCAGCAACACGUCCUCAGAAAUGUUAAAUUCCUCCAAACUACAAAUGUUUUCAAUGAAGGUGGACAGAGUUGGGUGGAUUUGGUUUGAAAAAUUGUACAGAAUUCACCACAAAUCCAUUCUAUUUUUGCAACAGAUAGCUGUAUGCAUCUUUUAUGGAGAUUAAAUUCAUACUCAAAGAAUAUCUUUGUGAAACUGGCCAGAGGAGAUGGUUAGCUUUGCUCAGUUUAAUUUUAUUCAACCCUGUUUCUAGUCUUUGUGCUAAGCUACGCUAACUAGCUGCUGGUUGUAUGUGCUUGGUGUGCUGAAAAACCAAUAUUUCCUGAAAUGCUGAACUCUUCCUUUUACAGAAACAUUCAAAUCAGUGAAAAUUAUUGUCUUGAAAUUAACCUGUGAUGCAGCUGGGCACUGGCUCCAACCAAACCUGCAGCUGUGCAUCCACUCAGGGUCUUAGGGAGGAAAAAAAACUGCAGUGCCGCUUCUUAACCUGUAGCACAGAAGGACCCAGGGUGCCGGUGAGCUCGUACCCGUGGAUGUCAUGUUGCCCCCUUUUUACAGGACGCUAUGCCCAUAACCAUAACACCGAAUCACCUGCUCAGACAUCCCACUGUUGCGGGGAGAUUUUUUCGAAUGAACGCUCAAAAAUGCUGUUACUGCUCAAAGUCCUGACGGUGAUUUGUGUUUUUUAUUUUGUAACAGUGCCGUCUGAAUCCUCCAAACUCACCAGGGUUUUAUUCAGACCUGAUGGACGCUUAUGUGUUUGGAAUAUCCUGAUGUAAAGUGCUUGUUUCUGCGACUGUGGUUUCCUUUGUCCAGUCUGUUAUAUUGUGUGUCUCUUUUCUAACUCAGACUGAUCCCAGCAGCCUUCUAAAAAUAACCCAAAAGUCAGAUCAGUAGUAAAACAGAUGUUGCUUUAAAUUUAAAUAAAGUGCAGCCACUCGCUGAACCAAACACCCUCAAACGUUUCAGACGAUCUGCAUCUCUGUGAUGAAGGAGUCCGUGGCUGCAGGCUUUCAUACCAGAUGCUUAUGAGCGAUGUCAGAGCCGAUCAGCACUGGACUGAGUGAAGACAAGCUAAUAAUAUCCAAGUUAACUCAUUUUACGUCCCUGCUGCAGCUUAUACAGGACGGUGUGUGUGGCUGGACUCACGUGGCUGUCGAAACCUGUCAGAACAGGAAGAGCUGAAGAAAGAAAUGCCAGCUCCUUGAUCCGAUUACACAAAGACGAGGAAAAAUAACUUUUACCUUUAAAUUAAAUAUAAUGGGGGCCUCAUGUAAAGCAAUUAUGGAUUCAUAACAAAAAAAAGUUCUCCAUAAAGACUCCCACAACAGUUGACUCAGAGACUUGUUUUGCAUGCAUUAGUUAUCAUUAACCUGAAAGGGCUCUUCACUUUUGCCAUUUAUAUAAUUACAUUUUCUCAUUUGAAUCCCAUUUAGCAAAAUAAAAUCUCCAGUGUAGGUCUUGUACUGCACAGCACGUGGCAGUGAUGUGCUCUGACGGCUACUUUCCGACCAAAAAUAAUUGUGCUAAAUGAUCUAAAGACACGCAUUUUAUAUUUUCCAGCCUCUAAAACCAAAAAUAAAAACCCAGAAGAAGCUUCAGAGUCACAGGAGCUUGUUAAAGAUGGAAAUGUUUCAGUCCAUGAACACACAUUAAGCAUUUAUUGACACAUUAUACAUCAGCUUCUUUGUAAAUACACUCAGUCAACAGCAUCUAAACUUAAAACUGUUGUAGCUGAGCGCUGAAAGUGAAUCAUUAUUUAUCUGAAUUAUUCACAAUAAGUAAAGUAGGUUGCAAAUACACAGGAGAAGUCAAACAUACCUCAGAGCUGCACAAAGGAAGCAGCAAAACAUUAAAAAAAUAACUAAAAAUAAGCGAAGUGCAACAACUGUGAAGUAGUGUAGACGCAGGGGUUCCCAACAUGUGGGUCAGGGUGCCACAAGUGGCCUAAGGAUUCAUUUAAAGGAUUCUGAGAUCAUUAAAGCUGCAGCUCUGCCUCCUAGAAAAUACACUCCACUAUAUCUAUCCUACAUUCUCUAUUACAUUUUAAAAUUUUUUCUGACAAAUUGUUUGCGAUGAAUCAUGAAUAAAUUUCAUAUUUAAUAUUAAUUUAGCUAUUUAUUUAUUGCAUUAUGGUUGCUCCUUUUCAGCCAGCCAAUCACGUUAGAAAGGGUGGGACUUGUCACCAUGGUAACCCAGAAAAUGAAGAAGCUUCAAAUGUGUCGUGAAAGUGUGUAUUUUAAGCUAAACUGUGCAGAUUUUGAGCCUAAACAUCAACAAACGGCAAAUGAAAACGUAACUCAAGUUAAAGAGUCAAAGUUACUGACCCAUGCUUUAUGUGUCCUUCAAAAUAAAAGCUUUUCCUUCUAUAUCA